AUGGUAGCAAGGACCCUGAAGAUCAUUUCUGUAAAUUUAGGAAUGCGACGCUAUUACAUCAAUAUAGUCAAGUGUUGGGUAUUCCUGAAUACUUUGUCAGGCUCAGCGCAAAAAUGGUUUGAUGGACUGCCACAUAGGUCCAUCACUUGUUUCCAAGACAUCAAAACCGCUUUCCUGCGUCAUUUCUCUAGUAGCAAGAAAUAUCAAAAAAUGGACCAUUACCUCUUUGCCCUCAAGCAGGGGUCUGCUGAACCUUUGAGGAGUUACAUUAAGCGCUUUAAUCAAGUGGCUCAGGAUGUCCCAUCUGCCACUUCGGAGAUAUUAAUGACCGUCUUCUCACAUGGAUUAGUGGAAGGAGAGUUCUUCAGAGACCUCAUCCGUAAUCCCGUGAAGAAUUUUGAUGAGAUGUUGAAAAGGGCGGCCAGCUAUAUUCACGUGGAGGAGGUGCAGGCUGCACGUAGAAAAGGAGACAAUGCUCCCUAG